UGAUAAAUUAACGAGAAUCGCAAUUGUCAGCUCGGAUAAAUGCAAGCCUAAAAAAUGUAGGCAAGAAUGUAAAAAAUCAUGUCCAGUUGUAAGAAUGGGCAAACUUUGUAUUGAGGUCACUCCUGAUAGCAAGAUCGCUUUCAUAUCUGAAGAAUUAUGUAUUGGUUGCGGCAUAUGCAUUAAAAAAUGUCCAUUCGGUGCAAUUAUGAUUAUUAAUCUUCCCACAAACCUUGAAAAAGAGGUCACUCACCGAUAUUCAGCCAAUUCUUUUAAACUUCACCGUCUGCCAGUUCCUAGACCGGGUCAGGUUCUUGGUUUGGUUGGUACCAACGGUAUUGGUAAAAGUUCUGCACUAAAAAUUUUGGCUGGAAAACUGAAACCGAAUUUAGGAAGAUUUGAAGAUCCUCCAGAUUGGCAAGAUAUUUUGAAAUAUUUUCGUGGUUCAGAACUACAAAAUUAUUUUACUAAAAUUUUAGAAGAUAAUUUAAAGGCCAUUAUCAAACCCCAAUACGUUGAUCACAUCCCGAAAGCUGUCAAAGGAACGGUUACAGAUUUGAUUGAUGCCAAAUUAGAACGAAAUAACAAGGAUGAAAUGAUUAAUGAAUUGGAUUUACGUGAUGUUUUGGAUCGUCAAGUAAAUGAUUUAUCCGGUGGAGAACUUCAACGCUUUGCUAUUGCUGUAGUGUGCAUUCAGAAUGCUGACAUAUAUAUGUUUGACGAGCCAUCCUCUUAUCUAGAUGUUAAGCAACGUUUAAAUGCUGCUAGGACAAUAAGAUCUUUAUUACAGCCUGAUCGUUAUGUCAUAGUUGUUGAGCACGAUUUAUCAGUUCUAGAUUAUUUGUCGGAUUUCAUCUGUGUACUUUAUGGAAUGCCAUCAGUAUAUGGUGUUGUAACGAUGCCUUUCUCUGUUCGUGAAGGUAUUAAUAUUUUCUUGGACGGAAAGGUUCCAACUGAAAAUUUGAGAUUUCGUGAAGAAUCUCUUACAUUCAGGCUAGCUGAAACUGCUGAAGAUGAGAAAGAAGUGGAAAAGCACAGAAGAUAUAAAUAUCCUGAUAUGGUCAAAACUUUAGGAAAUUUCGAGUUAACUAUUAAAGCUGGUGAAUUUACGGAUUCUGAAAUUAUUGUGAUGCUUGGAGAAAAUGGAACCGGAAAAACCACUUUCAUUAAAUUGCUAGCUGGUGGUAUGAAAGCUGAUGGAGAAGAACAAGUUCCAGAAUUAAAUGUUAGCUAUAAACCACAAAAGAUAUCACCAAAGUUCCCAGGCACAGUUCGUAUGCUCUUUAUAAAGAAAAUCAAAUCAAUGUUUAUGCAUCCACAAUUUCAAACGGAUGUUGUAAAGCCCAUGCAAAUUGAGAACAUCAUUGAUCAAGAUGUUGCAAAUUUAUCUGGGGGUGAACUUCAACGAGUAGCUAUCGUGCUUGCAUUAGGCCAUCCAGCAGACAUUUACUUGAUUGAUGAGCCAUCUGCCUAUUUGGAUUCCGAACAACGUAUUGUUGCUGCAAAAGUUAUUAAAAGAUUCAUACUUCAUAAUAAGAAGACUGCAUUCGUAGUAGAACAUGAUUUUAUCAUGGCUACAUACUUGGCAGAUCGUGUGGUUGUUUAUGAAGGAAGGCCAUCUAUAAAAGCUUUGGCUAAUUCGCCGCAGUCUUUGUUAUCGGGUAUGAAUAAAUUCCUUUCAUCACUUCAUAUCACAUUCAGACGUGAUCCUUCAAACUUUAGGCCUAGAAUAAAUAAAGCAGAUUCCCUUAAAGAUAAAGAGCAAAAAGCGAGUGAGUAA